AUGGCAGGUGAUAUCACCUAUGCAGACGUGGCAAUGCUACCAAGGGAAAGACAACACAUUCCUUCUGGGACAUCAGCUCCAGGAAACACCAUCACUUAUGCUGAGCUGCCUGUGAAGCCAAAACCCAAAGGAAGCAGCAAAUCAGACACCUCCACUUCUGGCUGCCAACAUGGGCACUCAGUCUGGUUCUACAUGGCAAUGGUGCUGGGAGUCCUUGUGAUCAUCCUGCUAAGCAUCACAGUGAUACUAGCCAAGCCAUUUUUGAAGGGCAGAGCUGGAAAAUCAGGAAGUCUGUCCCAGUAUGGUGUAAAUAGCAGUGGCAAUCACAUUUCCUCUGAGAAGAUUGUCUCAGUGGUGCUUCUGAAAUGGCUCGUGGAGGAACUGUGUGAAGAUGGACAGGAAACAGCAUGUGAGCUCUGUCCACCUGGGUGGCAACUACACAGAGGGAAAUGUUACUACUUCUCUGAGGAGGCUAUGAGCUGGGAUGACAGUCAGAGAAACUGCCUGGCCAGGAAAUCCCAGCUUCUUGUCUUUGAAGAUGAAACUGAGAUGGAAUUUAUAGACAGUAAAGAGAAAGAUACCAAAUAUAUCUGGAUUGGGUUGAAGAUGCAGGACAUGAAAACAGAAUGGAGUUCAGCUGCAGAUCCCAGAGCAAAAGGAAACAGCAUAGCUGAAAAUAAAGAGGCUGAGAAGAACUGUGCUGUUUACAGAAGAAAAGACAUGAUCCAAGCAGAUAACUGCCAGACUCUAAAGAAGUGGAUCUGCAAGAAGAAUGCAACUUUAUUGGUGCUCUGA